AUGAAUAGAUAUGAUUUCUUGUCUAGCUUGCCGUUUUUGCAGCCAUUUCAUGCUUUUAAUCAAUUUUAUGAAGAAUUUUCUCGGAAGGAACCUUACUCUUCAAAAUAUGAUAAUGUACGAGUUGUGGAGUUGUCCAAGUUUUUACAGCAACAUUAUGAACAAUAUGUUGAAGAUGCCUUUAUGAUAUUUAGUGGAAAUUCGUGUUUGACUGAUGAUAGAGAUGAAUUACACUUCUUUUUUAAAACAGGAGGAUCGGAACAAGAACAAUUGAAUAUUCAGGAGAGUAGUGAUCCUGGACAAUUGAAAACAAAAAUUAUAUUGAUUAAAGCCCAUUCUUUAAAUUCUGCAGAGGCUGCUGAAAGGUACUUGUUUGGAGAAUGUAUUUUGAAAUAUGAUGUACCUCCAUCAGAAAAGAAGAGAAAGAAACUGGAAUCAACCAAACCAACUACCUUCAAAGCUACAACAGAAAUUGAGAUUGAGCAUGCCAAGGCUUUGGAACUGAGAGGAUUUCUCACAUAUAAUACUAGUACGAAACUCUACGAAUUGGUUACAAUUUACUUUGUAAUUAUGAUGAUUGACGGUUUCUGUUUUCUGUACGAUCACACAGAAAUUGAAAAAAUUACCAAACCAAUCCUCUCCAUCAAUAAGACUGAGGUCACUAAUUCAGUUCAAUCCUCUCCCUCAGCCAAGACUGCUUCGGCUGCAGAUGCUGAGCUCUUGCGAGAUGUGGAACUAUUUUUGAAAAAUAAGGACAAGGAGAAGGGUUUGAAUACUUCUGAAAGUGAAAUACAUAACGAGGAUAUUAAUAUACCAUAUCUUGGAUUGACAUCAUGCUAUACCAAUAUGAGAUUGUAUCAUAUUUUGGACACAUUUGAAGUUUCUAAUGCUGGAGACAAAAUUUCAACAAAGGAGGAAAAGUUGGAAGGAAUUCAUUCAGACUUGGUUGGAUGUAUGAAUAUGAUGUUAAAACAUUUGAGACCUAUCAAUAUGGGAUUUUUAAUCAAUCUAAUAUUUGGAAAUUAUCUCAAAGAUUCCAUGACAGAUGAGGGUGAUUCUAACUCUUUUCAAAGUUGUGUCUAUUCAAAGUGGAAUAAUUUAGAGAAUUUCCUGCACUCUACCAAAACUCAUCCAAUAUUGCUCAGUAGUAGCAACUUGAAAACAUCCUCUCUAAAGAAUAUACCCACCCAAGAUUUGGAAAUUUGCUACAAUAGUCUAUCUGAUUUGAUUGACCAAUAUCAGAGUGCACUCAUGCCAAUCAGUUCAACAGCCAACGAACAAGCCUUAAAAAAACUCAAACAAAAGGAAUCAGAUCACAAACUCAAAAUUGAAGAAAUGUGCAAACAAUUCAACAAUGAUUCCUCACUCACCAACUCAGCAAUGUUAGUCGAUUUGGAUGAAGAAAUUGCCAACAUGAGAGCUACUCAAGAAAUGCUCAUUCUCUCGAAUUGUGUCCUCAACAAGAACUUUUCAUUGUAA